CGACGAUAACGCAAUUUGACAGGAAGGUCCAAAGAUCAUUCGAUUUGCGAUUUCACCUUAUCUCUCCAUUCCAAGGAACCAGUCCGGUUACCCAUGAUGUCUGGUUGACCCUCAGGCAACCCAGAUUGAAAGAUAUUCCAGACUCAUCCGUUUCAUGGCCCUGGUUCGAACUGCAACCAGAGGACGAUCGGGCCGACCGUGCGAACAAAUAAGACUAUGCUGGACUAUCUCUGGACGAUAUUCUAGGCUGAUGAGAUGCCAAUGAUGAGCCGGGCCUGUAGCCGUAGUGUAACACUAUUUGAUUCUAAUUUAUUUUUGUUAUUUUUUAUAAUUUUUUUGCCCCUCCGCUUGCGUUCAGUCACUUUACGGAUCCGCUAUCACAUGCUUUUCUACUUCUUAUUACUUUUUUUAUUAUCGUCGAUUCUUAAUAGCAAAUUCUAUCUGAUGUGAUUGUUUGAUACCUCGAAGGCUAAUAAAUAUCCUCGUUCCCUGGCCCUUUCCUUCAACUGACUGACUUUAUCUUGACCCUCCCUACUUUCUUCUCUUCCCCCCACCAAGCUUCUUUUAUAUAACACCUGCCCUCCUACCAGUGGCAUUCGACCUGUCUUAUUCUCCGAUAGUUCGUGGCUUACACAUUCCUACUUCCUCAGCAACCGAUGCCUCACGCAGAGCCAAAGAAGAUGGGUGAAAACGCUGUCAACGGCGAGAAGGUACACUCGCACUUCAUCGACGUAAGCCAUGCCACCAUCUUGAUUUAUUCUGGACUAUCACUCACCCUUCAUACAGCACCUCACAUCCUACCCCGUCGU